GCUUGUGUGUGUCUCGGUGUGUCAGCGUGUGUGCGCGCGAGCGUCUCCGCCCUUCGAGCCAAUCGGUCUGCAGUUCCGAGCGCCGAUGCUACCAGCAGUGCCGCGAAGCGCGCGGACUGCAACGCUCGGGACAAAGGAGCGCGCGCGAACGGAACGGGACGCUCGGAUCGGGCGUUCGGAGCGCGUGUGGAUCGCUCACCCGCCCAGCGCGCGCCUUCCACUUGUUCCCCCCACACCUCUCCUCGCGACUGGAACACGCGCGAUGCCGUCCGCGCAGAAGAAGGGCGCGCGGGAGAGCGCGGCGUCUCCCUGCUGCUCGAGCUCGCCGCGGACCGCGAGGCUCAAGGGGAGGCUCUGGAGCCGCCUGCGCUUGGUCUGGGUGGCGCUCAUGGCCCUCACGGUCCUCUGCGUGGCCAUUCAGAUCCUGGGCGUGGUCAGGCAGUCCAGGAGUAGCAUUCUUCUGAGACACUCCGCCAGGGAGAACUUCUUCAACAUGCGGUUCACCAUUGAAUUCCAUAAGAUGUUCACCCCCCAGCAGGAGGGGUUGAACCCCAGCCAGUACCUGCAGGCCUGGCGUCAGGAGAGCACCACGGAAAACCACAGACCUGAUCUGCCUGUGGCUCGAAGACUUGGAAACACAAGACUUUUCAGGGGGGAAAGCAGCCUGUGGAACUUCAGGGGUCCGAAGGGGGGUUCACCGUCAACAGCGCAGCCCACGACCUCCCAGGGGGGUCCGGUUCCGGAGAAUAAAUUCGCAGAGGAGGUGAAAAGACGGAGUUCACCCCAAUCCACCGUGGGGGCAGGAACCACCCGUCCGGCUCGGGCUCUGACCAGGCCCAUGUCAGCAUUCAGCAGAGCUGAGAAACCUGUGGAGACCCCUGUGGUCACAGGGAGGGGCCACCAGAGCAGCACCUCCUCCCUGCUGCGGGACCCUUGGAGAACUGGGCGCAGCCAGCAGAGGAUGGUUGCGUGGUCGGAACCCGAGUCUGAGCACGCAGUGACACUGAAAAGGCCAACUGAACACCCGCUCCAGAGACUGAACCCGGGUUCCAGCCUGAACAAGCCUACCCCCUUGAGGCCGGCAAACCGGGAGGUGCCCUCCUGCAAGCCAAAGAACCACAUCAUGUUCCUGAAAACACACAAGACAGCCAGCAGCACCAUACUCAACAUCCUGUACCGCUACGGCGACAGCCGGAACCUGACGUUUGCACUGCCGGUGAACCGACACAGCCAGCUGUUCUACCCGGUUAUGUUCGCGGCCCACUUCGUCGAGGGCUUCCAGUCGAAGACCGUCAGGGAGUACGACAUCAUGUGCAACCACAUGAGAUUUGUACCCAGAGAGGUUAAAAAAGUAAUGCCAGCAGAUACAUUUUAUUUCUCCAUUUUGCGGAACCCGGUAUCAAUGAUGGAAUCAAUUUUUGCCUAUUAUAAAGGCAUACCAGCCUUUGCUAAAGCUACAAGCCUGGACGACUUCCUCAACAACACGUGGAGGAACUACAGCUUCUCGACCGACGGCAACCAUUAUGCCAAGAACAUCCUCAGUUUUGACUUUGGCUUCAGCAACGUGAACAGUGAAUAUAAUGAGGAGACACAUUCCAACUUCAUUAUAUCUCUGACUGAGAAAUUCUUUGACCUCAUUCUUAUAUCUGAGUACUUUGAUGAGUCCAUGAUUCUGCUGAAGAACGCCCUUUGCUGGUCUCUUGACGAUGUGGUCUCGUUCAAGCUGAACAGCAGGAGUGACAAGACCAAGCAGAAACUGUCCCCGCAGACCAUGGAGAGGAUUAAGGUGUGGAACUCGAGGGACUGGAAGCUCUAUCUCCAUUUCAACGCAACCUUCUGGAGGAAGAUAGACGUGACUAUAGGCCGGGAGGCCAUGAAGGUUGAGGUUGCCCGGCUGCGAGAAAGGAGGGCGGAACUGAUGAAGACCUGUCUGAUGGACGGUGGAGCUGUGGACCCCUCAAAGGUGAAGGAUAAAGGCUUUAAACCCUUCCAGUAUGGCUCUGCUGUCAUUCAGGGCUACAAUCUCAACCCGGGGUUGAAGGGGGCCACCAGAAAGAUGUGCCAAGAGUUGAUAACACCCGAGCUGCAGUAUACGGCAGCCCUCUACACCAAGCAGUUCCCUGAGCUUUCUGCCAAGUUGGAUGCUUCCCAGAAACAGCUCAUGUCCAAUAAAACGACCAUGAACCGCUCAAAGAUGCUGGAAAUCAGGAUGCACCUUGAGCGGCAGAGGAAAAGUGCACUCGGAAGUCCACGGUACGAGGUCCCCAGAGUCCGCCGGAACUCCUUCCCCAACGGGCCUGCCAUGAGCAGCCUGAGGAACGUGCCUUGAC